AUGGCAGACUUCGAAGUGGUCGUGCCAGCCAGUCGUCUCCUCAGCUCAGCCCAAUUUACGAGUCACGUUGCUUCAACACCACCACUACCACGACCCACUCCACUAUCACUCACACUUGCCACACCCCCGACUGCCAUCGUCCUCACGUCUCUCGAAUACCUCCAGCUCCGCAGUCUGCUCUCUUACCAUCACCAGACCCCUUUCCACUCCAACAUGACGGAAGCUAUCGCACUGUCCAAAAAUGUACACCAUCUGAAGGUAGCAGCCAAAUCCGAUGGCGCCAUUGACCUCAAGCUGGUGCAGUCUCACCUCAAAUUGAUCGAGAGGAAGUUCCAGCUGAACAUCACAAACUAUGAGCAGAACAUGGCACAGAAGCAUCCUCAUGCUCAGGCAGUCCGUGAAGAUGCUGACAAAUCUGCCGAAAACGAAGGCGACGUCCCUCUGACCGAUCAGCAAGAUGAACUCUGGACUGGCACCAUCUCUUAUGGCGGACAGCCCAUCAACAUCGAUUUCGAUACCGGCUCAACUGACACGCUUGUCAAUGUCGGUGCUUAUAUUCCAGGCGACGGUGCCAAAAAGACCUCACAGACAUUCAAGGCCAGAUAUGGAGACGGCACUACUGCCGAAGGAACCGUCUAUACCGACACUCUCGAGAUCGGCGGAUUGGCACCUGUUCCCAAUGUUGCUAUUGGUCUUGCGACGACGACCUUUCUCAAGACAGAAAGCGGCUCACAGGGCAUCUCAGGCUUGGCUUAUCCCAGUCUCUCCCACUUCGGCAAGGAUCACCCUCCUUUCUUCGAUUGCCUGGUCACCGCCAAAGCCGUAGCUCGACCUUUGUUCUCUUUUGCACUGAGUAGCGAACCAGGUCAGUCCGAGCUUGUCCUCGGCAGCAUCUCUUCCAAAGCUGCUGGACCCGCUACCUACGUCAACGUUGAUCGCUCCGUCGGCUUCUGGCAAUGUGCUCCUGGGUCUUGCAGCAUCAAUGGCAUACAAAUCAGCGCCAUUAUUGAUUCAGGUACAACUUUGAUCGUGGGAAAGCCCACGCAAGUAGCACAGCUUCUGGAAAGCCUGCCCGGAGUCAAGACGGAGACCCAGAACGGUGUCACCUAUGGCUAUCUCACUACCUCAGUGGUUCCUCAGAUCACCUUCCAGCUUGGUGAGAAGCAAGUCGUCUUGACGGAGGACGCGACUACGUACGGAACUGAUGACAGCGGACGGAAGGUGCUGAGCAUCGUAGGUAGAGACAUAGGAGUCGAAGGUUGGAUCGUCGGCGAUCCGCUCUUCAGGUCUUCUGUCAUCAUCUUUGACCGAGGAAAUGACACCAUCGGUUUCGCCGACCGCCUCGCGUAA